AUCGUCAACACUCAAUAUUUGAAAUGUCAAGUGAAUGAAAGCUUCAAACUGUUGAAUUGUUGAAGUUUGAAAUAUCAACAAUUGACGGUUAGUUUUUGCCUAGUAACUGGACGUAUCGGUUCGCCUUUAUUGAGCGAAACGUUAAGUUCACCGGCAUUCGAUAGGCGGCCGUUAAACUUCUAGAGUAUGUGUCUGAAACAAUGAAUAAUUGUUUGCUAAACAAUUGCUGGUGGCGCCAUUAUUAUCCCGUCAAAUGUCAUUUUACUUAUAGUAAAAGAGAAAGUGAAAAAGACCGCAUCAUUUUACUCUAUCCUGCAGAGACUACAUCAUGUCAACGCUCUCCAAACGGUAUCGAAUCAAACAGGUGGACAUAAUUUCAACCUUGUGUACAUAUGUUUUAAAGCCAACUCAGUUUAUGUGAAAGACUGGAAAGACUUGCAGCUAUAAGUUUUCUAGAUGGAUGGUGAUGUAUUUGAGAAGAUAACUCGUGAUGAUUUCAUUCACGGGCAGUUUCCCGAGAAUUUCAUGUGGGGGGCAGCUUCGGCGGCGUAUCAGAUCGAAGGAGCUUGGAACGAGGAUGGCAAAGGCGAGAGUAUAUGGGAUCAUUACUGCCAUUUGGAACCCAGUCCUAUACGCAAUCAUGAUACUGGUGAUGUGGCUUGCAAUAGUUACCAUUAUUACAAGAAAGAUGUUGAAAUUUUGAAAGAAUUGGGCGUCGGUUUUUAUAGAUUUUCUCUCUCGUGGCCACGAAUACUUCCAAAUGGGACACUCAGUUGUAUUAAUGAGAAAGGAAUAGAUUACUAUAAUAAGCUCAUCGACGAACUCGUCAGUAGUGGAGUACAACCAAUGAUAACGUUGUAUCAUUGGGAUCUACCUCAGACGCUUCAAACUCACUACGGUGGCUGGCUAAAUGACGGGAUACAAGACUUCUUUAAUGACUAUGCUAGAUUAUGUUUCCAGCGCUUUGGUGACCGUGUCAAAUAUUGGAUUACCCUCAACGAACCAUGGGAAGUGGCCAUACCUGGUUACUGUCGUGGUGAAACAGCUCCUGGUCACCGGGAUAUGGCUAAGGGUGCUUAUAUCGCUGCAAAGAACCUUAUUUUAUCACAUGCUAAAGCUUGGCAUACCUACGAUAAAGAGUUUCGUGCUACGCAACAUGGGUACAUAUCUAUUACGAUUGACUCGAGCUGGCCCGAGUCCUUUACGGCUUCAAACGAGGACCAAAUGGCGAGCGAAAGAUUUCUAGCGUUUCAUCUCGACCUUUUUGCCCAUCCCAUAUUCGUGAACGGUGACUUUUCGAACAUUGUGCAACAUCAAGUACUGAAGCAUUGCCAAGCCGCUGGUCUUGAGUCGAGACUGCCACGUUUUAGCGAAGAAGAACGUAAAAUCGUGAAGGGAAGUCACGAUUUUUUUGGCCUCAACUUCUAUCGUUGUCAGUUGGUGAAACACAAAUCUUCUCUCAACGGCAUGAAGACGCCACAAAGUUUUGACAAGGACCGAGAGACGGAGGAAUUUCUGCAUUCAUCCUGGCCACGAACUGAUGCGACAUGGUUACGCAUGACUCCGUUUGGGAUGCGUCGAAUACUGAAAUUUAUCAAAGAAAACUAUGGUAAUCCUCGAAUUAUUAUAACUGAGAACGGUUGUACACAGGCCGGCGAGCAUGAUGCGAUCGAUGAAAAUGCCUUGCAUGAUUAUUUCCGCGUGGAUUGGUACCGAAGAUACUUGAACGAGGUACUGAAAGCGAUAAAGUUGGAUGGCGUUGACGUUGCUGGAUACAUGGCAUGGUCACUGAUGGAUAAUAUGGAAUGGAAUGAUGGGUACAGUUUGAGGUUUGGAUUAUAUAGAGUAGAUUUCGAAGACCCGCAAAGAAAAAGAACACCCAAGCUUUCCGCCCGCUAUUAUAAAAAGGUCAUUCAAGAUAACGGAUUCUUAGCUUAGCCGUGUCCUCAGGUUGACGGUAGUAUGUUUUGCGCAUACUUACUGCGCACAUCAAAUCCUCUUGUGAACGUAGAAUACAUACUGUAGUCUGCAUUGUAACAUUUUCUACAUUGGGGCUUUUACAAUUUACGUUCUAACAACCGAAUAAUUUCCGACAAUAUUAGAAGAACUUUUAGUUGUGCGCAGAAAA